CAUUUCAUCGUGACCCUGAUCAGGCAGCCAUGAACCUUCAACACAAGAUAAAUAGUUUUCACCUGCUAUGUAACAACUUAAAUCUCUCCUUCAACCCCGAAAAGACCAAGUUCCUUAAUAUCUGCAGAGGUAGCAAAAAGACCUUCAACAUAACGUGCCAAAAUCAGUCACUGCAACAGGUGCAAAAUCUAAACUUUCUAGGAAGGAAUAUUAGUGCAUCCUUGGCUGUGAGCGAGCACUAUAAAGUCACAUUCAAUAAAUCACAAAAUAACUCCUACCUUUUCAAAUGUCUUACCUCUGUUAAAGCGGGUCUCCAUCCCAGGGUAGCUUUGAACUACUACAAAGCCAUCGUGAGAAGCAAAAUAGAGUACUGUAGAUCAUCCAUGGCAAACUGUGCGAAAACAGCCGACAAAAAGAUCCAAACCUUCCAGAACAGCUUCCUACGUAGAGCUCUGGGUUUAACUCCAUCAACUCCAGUACCCCUAGAUUAUGCUCUGGCCAAUGAGCUGCCGCCAUGUGAACGGGCCAAAUGGCUUACGGCCAAAGAAAUUAUGAGCAAUCUCAUCUCUGACGUAACAUUCAAAUCAUUUUUAUACGACUGCCCUAGAGCAAACUCCAGCUAUAGCCUUGUCUUAAACGAAUUCAAACAUGUCUUUGACGGCCUCAAUGUGGUCUGUAGCACGAUUCUGCACAAUAACUUAAAUAUAGUAAUGAAAACCCUUCCAGACAAAAAAGACAACAUAUCAAGCGAAAGGAUUAGGUCCAUUUACAACUCCUUAGUACAUGAUUAUAAACGUGAUAAUUUUAAAAUUUUUUUCACAGACGCAUCAGUGGGCGAUUCCUCCACUGGCAUAGCUAUAUAUAAUCACUCGAACAAUACAGAGCAUGCACACAAACUGCCCUUCCAAGCUUCUUCCUCGUUUGGAGAAUCGCUGGCGAUUCUAAGAGCACUGGAAAUAGCGAAGGAGUUGAAAUAUGACAAAAUUGUUAUUUUCACAGACAGCCUCAUUGCCUGCCAAUUGCUGAUGAAGGGAAAAACCCAUAACCACAUUAUUUUAGCGAUACACAACCUGGCUACCAAUGAAGACUUUGAUAAUGUCACUAUAAAUUGGACCCCAAGCCACAAAGGCAUAGCAGGCAAUGAAAGAGCUGACACAAUCGCCAAGAACGCCAUUAACUGUCACAAUGUACUCGAUGUUAGCCUUACUCCUGAAGAAGCACUCAGGCGUAUCCGUAACGAAAUCAACGAUCAAUGUGCCAAACCCAAAAAUAACUGGUUCAAGUCCACUGCCUUGUCAGCAAAAGAAACUAAAUUAAUAAACAGGAUCCUCACGGGUCAUACUUAUGAUCAGGAGUAUCUUUUCAAAAUCAAAGCUAUAACCAGCAGCCGUUGCAGCUGUGGAGAUCCAGAUAACUUCAUUCACCAAACCUUUCAUUGUCCCCUCUUGGGCCACAUUAGGGAGGGCUUCGAUAUUUUUCAAGAUAAUCAGAAUUUCCAUGAUAUUUUUCACGGCUUCGAUAGACGCAAAAUCACCUCACUUGCUAAUUUUCUAAUUAAAGCGGAAGUAAAAUUCUAAUAAAUUUGUAUAUUAUUUGCGUAUUUAUCCGUGGUGAAAUACCGUCCACCACACCCUGUACUGAAAAAAAAAA